CUUUACUUGGGUCUUUUUCUAGGUUUAGUAUAAAAGCUGGUACCAAACAAAGCCGAACCUCCCACCUUCUUCUUCUUCUUCUUCCUUCAAUCUUGACGUUGGCGCCAACAACUCUUAAUCCUUCUCUCCAUUUCUCGCCGCAAUGAAGUACGUCUUGGUCACCGGCGGCGUCGUCAGCGGCCUCGGCAAGGGCGUCACCGCCAGCAGUAUUGGCCUCGUCCUCAAAGCCUGUGGCCUGCGAGUCACCUCCAUCAAAAUCGAUCCGUACUUGAAUAUGGAUGCUGGUACAAUGUCUCCCUUUGAACACGGGGAAGUUUUCGUUCUUGAUGAUGGCGGUGAGGUUGAUUUAGACCUUGGAAACUACGAACGUUUCCUAGAUUUAACAUUGACAAGAGAGAAUAAUAUUACUACGGGAAAAAUAUAUCAGGCUGUUCUUGAGAAGGAACGAAGAGGCGAUUACCUUGGGAAGACCGUUCAGGUGGUUCCACACAUCACAGAUGCCAUUAAAAAUCAUAUUGAGUCAGUAGCUACCAUUCCUGUGGAUGGCCAAGUGGGCUCUGCUGAUGUUUGUGUGAUAGAAUUGGGAGGGACUGUAGGUGACAUUGAAUCAAUGCCGUUCAUUGAAGCUUUGCGACAACUGUCCUUUUCAGUUGGUCCAGACAACUUCUGCCUUAUCCAUGUGAGCUUAAUACCAGUGCUGGGAGUUGUUGGAGAGCAAAAAACGAAGCCUACACAACACAGUGUUCGAGAACUGAGAGCUUUAGGCUUAACUCCACAUCUGCUGGCAUGUCGAUCUGCUCAGCCUAUACUGGAAAAUACGAAGGAGAAGCUUUCACAGUUUUGCCAUGUUCCAACUGGUAAUAUUCUCAACAUCCACGAUGUCCCAAACAUCUGGCACAUUCCACUUUUGCUUAGGAACCAGAAUGCUCAUCAUUCAAUUCUUAAACAACUCAACUUGCUCAGCAAUGAUAUGGCUCCUGAUCUGCGUGAUUGGACAAAUAUGGCUGCAACUUAUGAUAAUCUCACGAAUUCAGUGAGAAUUGCAAUGGUAGGGAAGUAUGUUGGCUUGACAGAUUCAUACCUUUCUGUUGUGAAGGCCCUUCUUCAUGCAUGCGUUGCUUGUUCUUUGAAGCCAUCAAUUGAUUGGAUUGCAGCUACUGAUCUUGAAGAUGAAAGUUCCAAAUCGACACCGGAAGCACAUGCUGCUGCAUGGGAGACUCUGAGGGGAGCAUCGUGUGUCUUGGUUCCCGGAGGAUUUGGAGAUCGGGGUGUAAAAGGCAUGAUAUUGGCUGCAAAUUAUGCCAGAGAAAACAAAGUUCCAUAUCUUGGGAUUUGCUUGGGAAUGCAGAUAUCUGUAAUUGAAUUUGCUAGAACUGUUUUGGGUUGGGAAAGGGCAAACAGUAAUGAGUUUGAUGAUGAGACACCAAAUCCAGUCGUUAUUUUUAUGCCCGAGGGUUCAAAGACACAUAUGGGAAGCACUAUGAGAUUAGGAUCUCGAAGAACAAUAUUCCAGACUGCUGACUGCAUUACUUCAAAGCUGUAUCAUAACCCAGAAUAUGUGGAUGAACGGCAUCGGCAUAGAUAUGAGGUAAACCCAGAGUUUAUCGGGACUUUUGAAGAAGCUGGCCUGAAAUUUUUUGGGAAGGAUGAGACUGGAAAUAGAAUGGAGAUUUUAGAGCUUCCAAGUCAUCCCUUCUAUGUGGGUGUACAAUUUCAUCCAGAAUUUAAAUCACGGCCCAGGAGGCCAUCGCCUGUCUUUCUAGGUUUUAUAGCGGCUGCGAUCGGCCAGUUAGACACAUAUCUUGAAAAGCAACAAAAUGGAAGCUAGUUUUUUGAAGGUUCACUAGUUUCUCCAACAUUCUUUCAAGAAAAGGAACUUGAUUCUUUUUGCUGGGCCAAAUGUGUACUAUGAGGAUGGAACUCCAGUACGAGGUACUUAUACUGUAGCUGUACGUUUUAAGGUUGUCGUGUCAAAGACUAUAAGGGUAAUUGUGGUGGGAUACAGAAGAUUGUGUUCUUUGCAAUUAUAGCCUUUUUACAUCCUCUGAGUUGGCAGAAAGCUGAACUAGGUGGUGAAGUUUUGAAUUUUCCCCCCAUACAAUUUAGUUCUCUAGCAUACUGGGAAUCUUGAUUUUAGGUGUAAUAUGGAUGAGACAGAGUGUGGAAAACUGAAAAGUAUUGUAUCCUAAACCAAAUAUCAAGUAGAACUCGGCUUAAGUUUGGUAUUUUUGUGCAUUUUAUGCAGAUCGUAUUGUCUUGA